AUGGAACAAUUCCCAGAAAGACCAUUGUUUGGUGGAGCAUUUUCCACUACUUUCUCACUUAGGUUUGAGGGGAUGUUUGUGGAUCCUGCACGUGAUGAAAGUCUGAUAUUUGAGCUUUUAGAAUUGAAACAUGAUGUUGAAGAUAAUGGAAGUGGUGCUUGGUUUUUGCAAGACCUUGCUAGGGAACAAGGCGCCGAGGGCAAUAUUGUAAUUUCCUUCCCCCAGUAUUGA